UUUCAAGCAUUCAUGUCUGUGCAAAGAAAGAAAAAUCGGAGGCGGAAAACGAACAUGAGCUCUCCAGAGAAAAUAGGCUGCUGUAUAAAACAAUCGGUGUGACAUUGGCAGCACGCACCAAAACGAUGCUGUAUGGCCUCAAUAUCACAGACGCAGGGGGUGUGCCUCUUGCAGUCGAUUUUGACAGUCCUCUGGAUUACCUCAUCUUUAUUUUCCAGCUGUUGCUUGCCACGGCAGCUGUCCUCUUAUCCGGCACCGUAACAAUCGGAAUAUUGGCCACAGAAACACUUCGCAUUCAAAAUAGGUUCAUUUUCAUGGUCAACACAAGCAUUUGUGAUACGCUGGUUGGCUUUUCGGUGUACUACCUCGGUUUGUUUGACGUGUACGAAGGAUAUCCUUCGAGAAAUGCUACUUAUACUAUCUUGCCCUCAUUGCUUGGGAUCAACCUCCUGACAUUUCUGUUUGCACAGUUUGACAGAUAUUUUGCAAUCUGCUAUCCAUUUAUUUACAGCCGCUUCAUAACGAGACCCAUUGUGGUGGGAAUUAAUGUGUAUUGUUGGUUGCAUGUCUUUGGAGUUUUACUCGUUCGAAAUGUGAUUCCCAUCUCGAAAGCGACGGAUCUGUUUGUCUUUAGCAUCCUCUAUCUGCAGCUGGUGAUACUCACUAAAGUGAUCAUGACAAUAAAACUGUACUUUGUUGCCAAAUACCAGCUUGAGCGAGACCCCCCGAGCGCAGAGAGAGAUAGCAAGAAAGAAUCUUUAAAAAUUAUAUUUUUUGUGGUCAUAAUUUUUUUGCUAUUGUGGAUACCCUCAAUAAUCAAUAUCGUAUUGAGAUUAAUGUUCGGAAUGGGAAUGAAUUUCGUAAACGAGGCCCUAAAUCCCUUUGCCACAUUGGCGCGCCUCAGCGCCGUGUGCACGUCAGCCGUGUACGUGUGGGGCAGUCCGGCGCUGCGUGAGGCCAUGAGGAGGACCGUGUGGGGCCGAGUGUGUCCGAAGUGCAACAGGAGGUGAAGGCAAACAUAGAAUAGACCAUAUAAUUGGGCACUGGCAGAUUUGUUUCGUUUCACUUCCUUUUUAGUUGUUUAGGUCCAAAGGCCCGUGGGUUGCACUCAUAUAGGCAUGCUCCACAUUUGUUUGAUGGCCUAUGUCUCCGCCUUUCUUCUUUGUUCUCAGAGUGGGGUCCAGUCAAGAAAAAGGAGAAGCGCUGGGCCAAUUUGGAUGCAGACGAUGGAUCAACUUGCAGCGCCUCAAACAAACGAACAAACCGCAGGCCUGCUUGAUGAUCUUUUCUGUUUCAGGGAAAUCAACAUCAUAACGUAG